CAGGCGCGGCGGCGGCAGGCGGCGGCGGCGCCCGCAGCCAUCCCAGCGGCGGACCCGGCAGCAGCCCCGGCAGCAGCCUCGCUGGCGCCUCAAGAAACUCCUGAUAACACCUAAGAAAAGAUGACAAGAUCCAGAUCAAGAUCACCACGGUGGAAACCAAGAUCCUUAUCUCCAGCGUUCAGGAGUCCAGAGCACCACAGGCCAAGGCAUGCUCAUGGUAAUUAUGACUGUGACUAUAAAAGCUUUCGUAAGGACCCAAAGAAGCCUGUGCCUUGGAGAGCUGAAGACGAGAAGUACGGACAAAGCAACGCCAGGUUCGCGCCUCACGCAAACAACCACCACAGGAUGUACGAACGCAGAUCACCCUCCCCAAACCUGAAGAGAAUUCCCAUGGAAGACUCCUACAGUCAUAAGCCCUACAGAACACGCUCAUCAGAGAGAACUGAAGGCACCAGGAGGUGCCAGUUGCCAGCCAAGUACGCGGAGACGCCUUACAAAGAGCACGAGCGGCCGUUCUACCAGCACAAGGCGGAAGACAGAUACCCCUUCGAGCACUACAAAGCUGCUGGCAAUGAGAAAGGAGGGAAACCUUUUCAUAGACCCUUAGAGGCUUCGUGCAAGCUUGACAGGAAAUGGCAGGAAGAGGACUUGAGGCACCAGAGGUUACACGAAGAGAAGUAUGGUCAGUCACCCAGAAGAGUUUCUGAUGAGUUUACGGCCAGGAGCUCUUUACAGAAGAGGUAUCCUGAAGAUCACGAUUACAGAGAGUAUGGGCAGACGUCCAAAAGGGCUCCAGAAGUGGAGAGGUAUGACGGUGGAGAUGUAGCAAGGAAUGCCAAGUGGAAGCAAGAACGUUCUUUUCCACCCUACCUAGAAAAGGAGGAGCACAGGAAUCUGGGCCUCCAGUCCCACCGCCCGGCCCCAAGGGACUACUCGGAGGGCUCUGGCCCCAAGAUAGCCUAUGAGUACAGUCACAAACGGCGCAGGCACCCGGAUGGGGAGCAGCCUUCUUCAGAGGAGAGAGCUCUGAAGUAUGUGAAGCAGGAAGAGCAGAAAUAUGGCUCUAAGGGGGCCCGGAACAGCAAAGAGUUAGAGUGCUUAAGUGGUGGAAGAGCAAGGAGGACUGAAGGGCACCUUGAGCUCCCCGAGAAAUACGCCUCCAAGAAGGGCUGCAAUGCUUGUCUUAACUCCUCCAAACUGCACGGUGAUCUGAGAGCUCUUAAACACAAAGCCAAGGAGAGAGUAAGGAGUGAAGGGGAAAUCAGGAAGAAAGUAGGUGCCUCUGGUAGCCAACAUGAUCCAAGUCAUAUCGUUUCAGAUGGGAAAGUGACAGAUGUCAGCUGUAGGAGGGAGCGGCUCACGAUCAAAGUGGAUAUGAAGAAGAUGGUGACCAAGUACAGGACUGCCUCUGGUCACACUACAGAGAGACAGAUGUCGCAUGAUCUGGUUGCUGUUGGCAGGAGGAAGGAAAAUUUCCAUCCGCUGUUUGAGCACAUGGAGUCUGUAACACAAAAUGUUGACAGUGACCCAUCAAGAGAAUUCACUCAGGAAAUAAUCACAAUUAUCCAUCAAGUGAAAGCCAAUUAUUUCACAUCUCCUGACAUAACCCUGCACGAAAGGUUCUCCAAAAUUCAAGAUAAACCAACUGCAGAGCUGAAUGAAGUGAAAGUGUGUUCAGAUCCAGAAAUUCACAGGAGGAUCGACAUGUCUCUUGCAGACCUUCAGAACAAACGAGCUGUGCCCUCUGAAGCCCCACAGACCAUUAUGAGAGUGUUAGAAGAUCCAAAUGACCUUCGGCACGACAUAGAAAGGAGAAGGAAGGAGAGGUUGAAGAAUGAAGAUGACAGAGUGUUCCGUGUGGAUGGUGCAGCUCCAAGGAACCAGCAAAGCUGCAGUCUCUCAAAACUGCAGAACUCCCAACUUGAUGGCUUCCACAAGCCUAUGAGGUUCAUGAAGCCACCUUUUAGGAAAUUCAUUGGAAGACCUCAUCUGAACUCUUACUAUUCGCCCAAACCCAUUGAUGCUUACCCUCACAGAUGUGUCAGGGGACACCUUGAAAACGCAGGACCCAUCAGAAGAUACUUUAAGAGCAACUUUGCAGAUGGUCGUUUGCAGCCUCACUACAGGUCAGGAUUAGUGCAGAAGGGUUUGUACAUCCAGGCCAAGUACCAGCGGCUGCGCUCUGUCGGUGUCAGGGGGUUCACCACCAGCAGGUUCAGAGAUGGAUUCUUGAGGAAAGAAAAGGGCAGUUUAAACAUUGCAGCAGAAACCUGAGCUAAGCCUGUCACCCUGACAUGGAACCAGAGACCAGAGCAAAGGGAACAUCUGUUGAGUUUUUUUUCUCUUGGGACAACUUUUAUCAAGACUUUCAAAUAGGAGAAUGGAACUAACCCUGGAACUUUCUUGAUUUAAAAAAAAGAAGAAGAAAAAAGGCAACCCAAGUUUAUUUUUCAGUAGUGGAAUGCUGCAGACCUUUUUUUACAGUUUUAAUAAUCCCUUUUCAAGCUGAGUGUUCAAUUGCAACGGUGUAGUUCUGUACCUGUAGCUCCUUUCCCAUCCCAGUCUCCAGCAAAGAAGUCAUGGAAGGGAAGCCUUAUUUAUUGGAUACAUUUCCCCCACCACCACCACUCUUCUAGGCAUGAUGUUACAGAAGGAACCUGAGUGGUUAUGCUCAGAGGUUUAUAUGUUGGAAAGUUUAUGUAAUAAAGAAAAAGUUUAAAGGAGGAAACAAAGAAACCAACAAAGAAGUGCCUGAAUUGUUUGGUAACAGCACAGCAGCUCAGGAUUGCCCUUUUCAGGUUGUGCAAUAGAUUUUUACACCUCUGUUCAGUCAUCAUCGUCUUCAUCAAAGCAGCCUUUUGAACAAGCCUACCCUUGGGGGUUCUGAUGUUGCCUGUACAUAGAUUUGUGACCUGUUCAAACUAUUUGGGACACCUUUCAGCAUUUCUUACUUGAGUUUUUUUCCAAGUGAAUGGUGCCAGGCAAGUGUGUGACGUCCUGUAGCAGUAGCUUCUAGCUGGGCUGAAAGCAUGCUUGGCUUUGGUAGGGCAUUAGUUGGUCUGUACUCCAAAAAAGAAGUGAUUUUUGUCUCAUGAUAUGUUGUUUUUUUUUCCUCUGGUGUGUGACAUUCUUGACCAAGCCACCUGUUCUCUAAUCUCUUUUCAUCACAAAUGGCAUUGGUGAUUUCCUGGAUUCUGGAAACGGAGCCUGAAGUAUUUAAUUACAAGGAAACAAAAACCCAAACAAAGAAAAAACAAACAACAAAAGAAAGGAUGCUACUGUUCCUGCAAGCUUCCCGCAGUGUUCUUACUAAAGCCUGGAAGAGAACUCGUGGAACAGGCAGAAGUGGCUACAUGAAGAAGCUUCCCAGAGGGCAGUUUUGCUGAGGCUGGCUGGAAGCAGUGCUGAAGGAGUUGGACUCCCAUCAGUGAAUGCUGCUUUAGCCAGGAUUAAAAGUGUGGCUGACUUCUGAGUUUGUGCUUUCUUAUUUUACCUGUGCAUGAGGAGAGAUCUCCAGUUACUUUUGUACUUGAACAGUUCAGCUUUGCUCUUUACUCCCACAACUGUGAGCAACAUACUACAGAUGGUUUUUUGAGGGGGCUGUUUACUGACUAUGAUUUGUUUCUUACUUUUUCCCCCCCCUUGUCCACUCUUGGCCCUGAGAUGAACGUGAGACAACGAAACACAGUCACUGUUUCAGUUCCUCUCCUUUUUAUUUGAUACUAUCUGCUCAGAUCACUUUUGGGCCAAUAACUUUGUUCAUUUGGGCUUCUCUCAUGAUGAAACUUUAAAGUUCAGGAUGGAACUGAAUUCUGUGACUGGAUGACAUGCUGGAGGCAUCUGCUGUGAUGUUAUCUGCUGCAAGGCAGGACCAUGAUUUCUCUUAGUGAAUUAAAGGCUUGUGUCUGUACACACA